AUGGCCACCGCCGACGUCCUCUCGCCAUCCACAAUGGAAGCGCCUCACAAACGCCAGGUCCCCAGUUCCGGCCUGGCCAAUCUCGACUCUAUUGAAGGCCUCACAGACUCCGACGACCAAUAUGCCACAUACAAGAAGCUGCAGCGGCAAUUGGAGUACAUCAAGCUGCAAGAGGAGUACAUCAAAGAUGAGCAGCGCAGUCUGAAGCGAGAACUGGUGCGCGCACAGGAGGAGAUCAAGCGGAUACAGAGCGUACCCCUAGUCAUCGGGCAGUUUAUGGAGGCGAUCGACCAAAACAGUGGCAUUGUGCAGAGCAGCACCGGCAGCAACUACGUGGUGCGGAUACUGAGCACGCUGGAUCGGGAGCUGCUCAAACCAAACUCCUCCGUUGCGCUGCACCGACACUCCAACAGCCUGGUUGACAUCCUGCCACCGGAGGCGGACAGCAGCAUUGCCAUGCUUGGUGCGGACGAGAAGCCGGAUAUCAGCUACGCCGACGUCGGAGGUCUGGACAUGCAGAAGCAGGAGAUUCGGGAGGCAGUCGAGCUUCCGCUGCAGCAGUUUGACCUCUACAAGCAGAUCGGCAUCGAUCCACCGCGCGGUGUCUUGCUGUACGGCCCACCUGGUACCGGCAAGACUAUGCUUGUCAAAGCCGUCGCCAACAGCACUACCGCCUCCUUCAUCCGUGUGGUUGGCUCAGAGUUCGUGCAAAAGUACCUCGGAGAAGGCCCACGUAUGGUGCGUGAUGUCUUCAGGAUGGCGCGCGAGAAUAGCCCGUCCAUCAUCUUCAUCGACGAGAUCGACGCCAUUGCAACGAAGCGUUUCGAUGCGCAAACCGGAGCGGACAGAGAAGUGCAGCGUAUCCUGCUCGAACUUCUCAACCAAAUGGACGGCUUCGACCAGACCUCCAACGUCAAAGUCAUCAUGGCCACCAACCGUGCCGACACUCUCGACCCAGCUCUUCUGCGACCGGGUCGGCUAGACAGGAAGAUCGAAUUCCCGUCCCUCCGCGACCGCCGUGAGCGACGUCUGAUCUUCAGCACUAUCGCGUCGAAGAUGAGCUUGUCGCCCGAGGUGGAUCUGGACAGCUUGAUCGUGCGCAACGACCCGCUGUCGGGUGCCAUCAUUGCGGCGGUGAUGCAGGAGGCUGGGUUGAGGGCGGUGCGGAAGAACAGGUACAACAUCAUUCAGCAGGAUUUGGAGGACGCGUACACCAGCCAGGUCAAGGGGGCGAGUGAGGCGGACAAGUUUGACUUCUACAAGUAG